CCCGCAGAGAGGCGAGAAGAUGGCGGCCGUGUCAAGCGGAGGUGCUGCUGGGGCCGCUGCGGCCGGGAUUACGCACUCUGCCCGACCGACCCACGCAGGCAUGGGCACCCAGAACCGAGCCCAGCCACCCGCCGGCAUCUGCCAACCGAGUCGUACCAGCACGGCCGCUGGGUGCAUCACCAAUCCCGGCCACACUUCGGUCACCAGGCCCCCCCCAGCCCGAGUGGGCCACUACGAAAUCGAGCGGACCAUCGGGAAGGGGAAUUUCGCGGUUGUUAAACUGGCCACACACAUCAUUACCAAAGCAAAGGUGGCUAUAAAAAUAGUGGAUAAGACUCAGCUGGACGAUGAGAACCUUAAAAAGAUCUUCAGAGAGGUGCAAAUCAUGAAGUUGCUGAAGCACCCCCACAUCAUCCGCCUUUUCCAGGUGAUGGAGACAGAGAGGAUGAUCUAUCUGGUAACAGAGUAUGCCAGCGGUGGAGAGAUAUUCGACCACUUGGUGGCUCAUGGGCGCAUGGCAGAAAAAGAUGCCAGGAAGAAGUUCAAGCAAAUCGUGGCAGCGGUCCAUUUUUGUCACUGCCGCAACAUCGUCCACAGAGACCUGAAGGCUGAGAAUCUGCUGCUGGACCACAACCUCAACAUCAAAAUCGCAGAUUUUGGCUUCAGUAACCUGUUUUCUCGAGGCCAGCUGUUGAAGACAUGGUGUGGCAGUCCCCCGUAUGCUGCACCAGAACUCUUUGAGGGCAAGGAGUAUGAUGGACCUAAAGUAGAUAUAUGGAGCUUAGGUGUGGUGUUGUACGUGUUGGUGUGUGGUGCCCUUCCUUUUGAUGGCAGCACUCUACAAAACUUGCGGGCGCGUGUCCUCAGUGGCAAGUUCCGCAUCCCCUUCUUUAUGUCCACAGACUGUGAGUACUUGAUCAGACACAUGUUAGUGCUGGAGCCAAGCAGAAGGUUGACAAUGGAGCAGAUCUGCAAGAACAAGUGGAUGAGACAAGGAGACCCAGAUCCAGACUUUGACAGGUUGAUAGCUGAGUGUGAGCAAGUAAAGACGGAGAGGGACACGGAGCUCAUCAACGAGCAGGUGCUGAUCGCCAUGUCUGAGAUGGGUCUGGACAGAGAGCGCACACUUCAGUCUCUACAAACAGAUGCAUACGAUCACUACAGUGCCAUCUACAGUCUGCUGGCUGACCGCCUCAAGAAACACAAGACUCUGCGCGUUGCCCCUCCCACACCGCGCUCCAUUAGCUAUCCUCUAAAUGCUGUACAGCAGACGGAUCCGCAGGGUAAUCCCGUUAGCAUGACUGUUCCCCACGUCCAGCUCAUCAACCCAGAGAACCAGAUUGUUGAGCCGGACGGCAGCAUGGCACUGGACAGUGACGAAGGAGAAGAACCAUCUCCAGAGGCCAUGGCUCGCUACCUUUCAAUGAGGCGGCACACUGUGGGGGUACCAGACCAAAGGACAGAGAUGCAGGAGGACCUCAAGAAACUACCACCUGGUUUCCCUCGUGGUGCAGUGCCCCAGGUCCCCUUCCCCCAACUGGCCCCCACCAUGGGCCAAAUGCACACUCUCAUGCCCACACAGAGCUUGCAGCCCACACAACAGCUGGAGUACAAGGAGCAAUCAUUGCUGCAACCCCCUACCCUGCAGUUGCUCAACGGCAUGGGGCCUCUUGGUCGGAGAGCUUCAGAUGGCGGGGCCAACAUUCAACUACACGCUCAGCUCCUCAAAAGGCCUCGGGGGCCCUCACCACUUGUCGCCAGCCCGCAUCCUAUCCCUGCAGUAGCUCCGGUGGAUGAGGAGGGAUCAGACGGAGAGCCAGACCAAGAGGCGGUACAGAGGUACCUGGCGAACCGCUCCAAGCGGCAUACGACGCACGCGCUCAUGAGCACAUCGCAUGGCGAGCCCUCUGCAGAGUCACAGCGGCCACAGGGCCCCCGCCAGAGGGGCUGCUGGGCCCCCGACAUACACACCCGAUCCAGCUAUAAGGACUGUAACACCCUUCAUCUCCCCAUGGAGCGCUUCUCACCUGUCAGGCGAUUCUCAGACGGCGCUGCCACCAUCCAGGCCUUCAAGGCUCAUCUAGAGAACAGCAGCCUCAUCAAGCAACUCAAACAGGAGUGUGAGCAGCUUCAGAAAAUGUACGCUUUCCAGCAGGAUGAGCGACUCCUGGAGCACACCCAGCAACAGCAUGUCCUCUACCAGCAAGAGCAACAAAUCCUCCACCAGCAAAUCCAGGGUCUGUCUUUAGGCCAUGGGGAGAGCCAGCCCAGUCACCUAACCCACCAGCUUCAGAGGUUGCGUAUCCAGCCCUCCAGCCCUCCGCCAACACAUCCCAGCAACCACCUCUUCAGACAGUCCAACCAGAGCCCUCCGCCUGGCUCUGCAGGCAUGAUGCAAGGGCAUGGAGGUCCGCCACCAGUGCAGUACCAGCACGGUACUCCGGCGCUGUAUCAGGGCCAGAGUGACAGCCCACCUCCCACAGGCAUGCCUCAUGUGUCUAUACCAACCAAUCAACAAGCAGCACCCGCUCGCCCCGCCGUCCCAUUGGCUCCGGGUGUACCUCAACAACAGCAGGUGACCAUUCAGGUUCAGGAGAUUGAACUAGGAGGUGGGGUGCAGAGACCAGGCGCCUUUUUGGCAACGCCAGGCGGACACAAAGUCCUCGGGAAGCAGCUGAGCGCAGACAACGCCGAGUCGCACAGUCGCAGCCUUGGCCGCUUCACCUCCGGCUAUGACCAGACCCAGUUCAACCCCCACAUCUUCCCUGGUGACAUUGCCUCUCGUGGUGCAGCUGGUGUGGUGGGCUCCUACAGCCCUUACCUGCAGGGCGCCUCCCUCAAAGUCCCUGGUCUGGAGGGUUAUCAGAGUGGGGUUGUAGGAACUGGCGGCUAUGGCACCCCAUCUACACUACAGCAAGCUCUGCUUUCCCCAACUCCUUUGGACUAUCGCCCCCCUCAACAGCACGUCACCCCCACCCUACAGGGCCUCCUGUCCCCCCGCCACUCUUUAACAGGCCACACCGACCCCAGGCUGCCCCCUCAAGACUUGGCUGCCCUGCUCAAGAGGCAGAGCCCUCGGCCGUGCCAGGCUUCCCCCACACCACCCAGUGGUGCACCCCAAGAGUAUGGAGAGUUGUUGAUCCUUCGCCAGCUGAGCCAGGGUGAGAGUUUGGAGUCCCAGGCGCCUCAGGGCGCCCCCGGAGGUCAACACUACCAUCACCUCCUCCAGAUUCGACCACCAGAGGUCCAGCCACAGCAGCACCCAGCCCAGGCACCUCACCCUAGCUUACCUCACUCUGAAAGCAUGGAGGAGGAUGAGGCACCAGCUCCUUACCACCACCCACAUGAGGGCCUGCUGCAAAAAGCAGGAGAAGCUCACGAGCUCCUGGGGCCUCCUCGAGGGGGAACCCCACCCUACAACUCACCUACACACAGGCACGGUGGCUUUAUUAGGAAUGCCCCGGCAACUCGAGAACCUGAGCAUGUGGAGUGCAGGCCCCCAGGGCAGGCCAUGGAGGUGCCUGAUCACAAUGGUGUAGGCUAUUCGCGAGGUCCCCAGGGUGACGCCUAUAGGUCCCGUGGACAGUUACAGCGCCACCACACCAUCCAGACCUGUGAUGAUGCCUAUGAUCAGGCAGACCCCAUGUCUGGAAUGAGCCUGCUGGCCGGGAAAGCACUAAGCUCAGCUCGCAUGUCAGAUAUUCUCAGCCAAACAUCACUGACUGGAAGCCAGCAGCUGCACCAGCGGGAAGAGUCAGUAUGUGACGUUGAAGAGGAGCUUCAUGCUGCAGCCUGCUACCCCUCCUCCUGCACCAGUGACAUGCUUCUCAGCUACAAGCCCCCAGACCUGCAGUACAGCAUGGAGCAGGCUGGGGUCUAGCACAGGAAGGGGUGCAUCCUGUGUACAACGGUCCAUAUCAGCCAUCCUGAGUUGUGUUGACUUGAGUUGAGCAGCAUCACGCCAAAUCACCGUCGUCUGUCCAAGCGGGGGCGCUCUACGUCCAUCUGUCUGUCUCCAUCUGUCCCUGGGAGGGCAGUCUGCGCUGGAGAGGGGAGUGUGGGUGGGUGUAGACAUUAGCAAGGGGUGGGGGUAACAGGUUGGGCCCUUGGGUGUAAAGUGCCAGCAUUUUCUGCAAAGACGUCCAGCGAUCAUAGCUGCAGGUUGUCUCCUGUUUUCACCUCUCAUCGUGUAGUUCGGGGUUUCUCUCCUCCCUCUUUAGGCUCAACCCUCCCACGACAAACCUGCCCCCCCUCACGCCCACCUGCUGCCCCAACCUGAUCCUCCUCUUUCACCCUCCUUUAACUGUUGGCAUACUUCAUUAUGUGCCUCAAUGGCCAACGCAUUGAAACAGUCAUCCUUUCAAAAACACAGAGUCCAGUAACACAAUAAGCAUACACACUGCUGCCACAAACCCAAAGUAUUCACAUUAGGUGUGAGUGUGCGUGUAUGUGUGUGUGCAUGACUGACCAGAAGCGGUUGAGCAGAGGGGAAAGGUGUCUGAGGUUCAGUCUGCUCCUCCGUGUCUCCCCCCUCCUGCUGUCCUGCAGCAGAUCAUUCCGGAGCGGGCUGAAAUCUCAGCAGCGGCGGCCCCUGUUUUUUUUUCAACCGGGUGGCGGGUGUUUGGGUCAGGGUUUCCAACUGGGCAACCAAAUCGCUCUCUCUCUCCAAAGAUGGAGCUCAGUGACAUCGCACAGGACAAACCAGCUCUCUCAUUGUUGUUAUUUUUCAUGUUUUGGCAUUCAUUUCUUUUUCUUUCUGUUUUUUCCUCAAUGAUUUGUUUCUUUUGUUUUAUGUUGAAAUUCAUUUUUAUGGCUUAUGUCCAUGUAGGCAUUAUGGUCAAUAUUGUUACUCUUAUUGUUAUUACUGUUUUCUGUAAAAGAGGUUUUAUUAUAAUGAAUAUAAUUAUUAUCAUUAUUAUUAUUAUUAUUAUUAUUAUUAAAGGAAAAACAGUUCUGUGUUGCAAGGAAGACAACAUUGUUCUUUGAUUACUUAAGUAAUUCUGCACUUUCGGUUCAAGCUAUCCUCUCUGUUUCCUGCCCUCUUCGCUGCCCCCUGCAGACCCCUCUCCCCUCUCCGUCAUACUGUUACCCUGCUCUCCAAAUCCGCCCUCCCCUCCUCCCUCAGCCUGAACUCCCCCUACCUUGUGUCACCCCCUUUUCUCCAUCCUCCCUUCCCAUGUCAGUGACAGUGUAUUGCAUUGUGAGUAGUUUUACCAGACAUUUGCUCCUUUCCUUGUACAGUGAUGCCAUGUAUAGAACGCUAUUGCAAUUUCUGUAUGAACAUUUUUUUUUUGUUACUUUUCUUUGUUGAUUUUAGACGUUGUUGGGGAGGCUUUUUUUAUAUUGGUAUUGUUUAUCAUUUGUAUUUUUGGAUGUCUUCAAACUUUUUCGUUCAUUUUUUGUUCGUUUUAUGACUCUUGAGAUUUCUAGCCAAAAGAGGACAGAGAGAAGAGAGACGGCGCUCUUUCUGUGUCGUAAAAAAGAUUGUUCUUAUUUGUUUUAAUAUUAUUCUAUCGAGACACUUGAAUAAGAGGAGGUUAAUUAUUUUGUGUUGCUUUUUUAAAGUAUCAUUUCAAUUGAUGUUGUGACCGUCAUUCUUGUUGAAGCCUGUUUUUUUGUUACUGGGGGUAGAUGUGGCAGCCUAUACAGGGUCAGGCUUUGGGCUUUGUCUGGGUUUGUUCGGGUGCUACAGAGACUUGACACUCUAUUAAAAAAAAAAAGACGAAAAGCGAGGGAAUAACUUGUAAAAUAGCUGACAUAUCAUCCUAAACAUUACAAGUGUGGAGAUGGACAAACCCACUUCUCUUUCUCUCUCUUGCUGCGCUACCUAUCUGCUGUGAUCCUCCCACUAUCUUUUACGACAUCGGCUUGUGAUCGGACGACGCCUUACGGACUUGGCCCCUCCUCUUCCCAAACUCACCUUGUUAUUAUGGCAACCAAGGAGGAAGCUGCAUCUACUAUAUUACUCUGCCCCUUUUCCUGUUAAGUUUUUUUUUUUACUGUUUAUUUCGACCUUGCUUUGCUCUUUCCCUUUAGCUUGGAAGGGACGGUUGGAGGAGAUGAUUGCAUUUCAUGAACAGUUACUGUAUCUUCUUGUAGUUGGAUGUCACUUGGAAUCAUCUCCACACCAAAAAGGGAAACAUUUCAGGAACUAACUGUUUGACUUGGACCUCCAAAACAAGAGGAAAAUGAGGUUGUGGUCAGAGCAGGGCGGGUUUGCCCACUUUUAACAUCUCUACCAAGGUCUGUGCCCUAAGCCAAGUUAGGCGCAAGCACAGCCAGAUGGAGGGCGCAGCACACUGGGGACCACAGCAGGAGGUUGAACCCCCUCACCUAUUGUUUAUUUAAUUCAAUACCCCCUGGAUAUUGAGUCUAUAUUGGACCAGCAAGAGACUGUGGUGACAGAAUAAAGCUUGUGUGUGUCCAUGCAGGCCAGGUUUCUAAACGACUGGCCUCAUGGUUGAUUUUUUUUUUUGUCUGUUACAUCUGAGAGCUGAAGAUUGUGUCACGCUGCCUCUGCUUUCCCCAUGUUACUCCCUGAUGACCGACAUCCAACCUCGUCAGUGCAGGUGGGAGCAGCUUUAGCUUCAAAUCCAAAAACAGGAGCAUAAGCUAAAGAAGGAUUCUCUUAUUGUUUUAACCAAGCCAAAGCUGAGAAGAGAUAGAGACAAGUCGGAGUACUUAAUUGGGAAUUCAUGCGGAAACAGCCGGAAUGGAAGACAAUGUCUGUGUCCCGUCCCAUAGCAGGAUACAAACUCUAAAAUUAAGACCGAAGGCUCCACUUUGUCUGAUAGUGUUGUCAGAUCUGGGUGUGAGGUUUGUCGGGAAGUAAUUGUUUGAGGAGUAAUGUGGAGGAAAGUGCUGCCUCUCACACAUCUUCUGUCUCUUCAGACCGACCUCCCCCCGUCCUCCCACCUCUUUUUCUGUCUUAACUCCUCCAUCCCUUCCGUCUUAUAUUUUGCUCCCAAUCCCAGCAUCCCUGCUCAGCAAGCCAGCUCUCUGCUCUACUCCUGUUUCUUAGGUUCAUUUAUUUUAUAUUGGUUCAUUUUGUCUUUUUUGUUCUGUUUUUAUGUUCAUUUCUGUUGAGUACAAAAAUACUAAAGUGCAACAACAAUGAUUAAAAAGAAUAUCAACCAAACUGAGAUGAAUAAAUAAAUAUAUAUAAAUAAAGAAAUAAUUUAAAAGGUCA